AUGGCUACCGGCCUUCCACUAUGGCUACACACCUUCCACUAUGGCUAUCGGCCUUCCAAUAUGGCUACACACCUUCUACUAUGGCUACCGGCCUUCCGCUAUGGCUACACGCCUUCCAAUAUGGCUCCCGGCCUUCCACUCUGGCUACCGGCCUUCCACUAUGGCUACACACCUUCCACUAUGGCUAUCGGCCUUCCAAUAUGGCUACACACCUUCUACUAUGGCUACCGGCCUUCCGCUAUGGCUACACGCCUUCCAAUAUGGCUCCCGGCCUUCCACUCUGGCUACCGGCCUUCCACUAUGGCUACACACCUUCCACUAUGGCUAUCGGCCUUCCAAUAUGGCUACACACCUUCUACUAUGGCUACCGGCCUUCCGCUAUGGCUACACGCCUUCCAAUAUGGCUCCCGGCCUUCCACUCUGGCUACCGGCCUUCCACUAUGGCUACACACCUUCCACUAUGGCUAUCGGCCUUCCAAUAUGGCUACACACCUUCUACUAUGGCUACCGGCCUUCCGCUAUGGCUACACGCCUUCCAAUAUGGCUCCCGGCCUUCCACUCUGGCUACCGGCCUUCCACUAUGGCUACACACCUUCCACUAUGGCUAUCGGCCUUCCAAUAUGGCUACACACCUUCUACUAUGGCUACCGGCCUUCCGCUAUGGCUACACGCCUUCCAAUAUGGCUCCCGGCCUUCCACUCUGGCUACCGGCCUUCCACUAUGGCUACACACCUUCCACUAUGGCUAUCGGCCUUCCAAUAUGGCUACACACCUUCUACUAUGGCUACCGGCCUUCCGCUAUGGCUACACGCCUUCCAAUAUGGCUCCCGGCCUUCCACUCUGGCUACCGGCCUUCCACUAUGGCUACACACCUUCCACUAUGGCUAUCGGCCUUCCAAUAUGGCUACACACCUUCUACUAUGGCUACCGGCCUUCCGCUAUGGCUACACGCCUUCCAAUAUGGCUCCCGGCCUUCCACUCUGGCUACCGGCCUUCCACUAUGGCUACAGGAAUUCCAAUAUGGCUACCCGCUUUCCAAUAUGGCUACGGACAAAGGCCUUCUCCUCACUCGGUGUGACAGACCAUGUACUUCUUCAGCUCUUCCUCCUCGCGGCCGUUCCAGGCGUGGUGAGCUCGCCCGGCAACCUGGAGAAGUGGGAACGGUGCUUUGUUGACCCCGAUUAUGAGGAGCUGGUGGAUCUUGCCAAGAACGGGCUGGGGGGAACGUGUCAUUCGAAGAAGGUGGUGAUCAUCGGUGCAGGCAUCAGUGGACUCACGGCUGCCAAACUGUUGAGAGAUGCGGGCUGCCAGGUCCUGAUUCUGGAAGCCAGCGACCGCGUGGGAGGCCGCAUCCUGACUUAUCGGGAACGCGACUGGUACGUCGAUCUGGGACCCAUGCGUCUGCCGGCACAUCACAGGAUUGUGCGCGAGUUUGUCAGACAACUGAAGCUUCAGCUGAACCCGUUCUACAACACGGACGACAACGCCUGGUAUUUGGUGAACGACGUCCGGGCCAGGCAUAAAGAGGUGGAGAAAAACCCCGACGUCUUGCAGUACCCAGUGCGCCCGGCGGAGAAGGGGAAAACGGCCCUUCGGCUUUACAAGCAGGUGUUAGAGCCGGUGACCACGGACUGCCAAGCCCUGAAGGAGAAAUACGACUCCUUUUCCACCAAGGAGUAUUUGAUCAAAGAAGGAAAUUUAAGUCGAGGCGCCAUCGACAUGAUCGGGGACCUACUGAAUGAAGCAGGGCGAUUCCACCUGUCCUUCCUGCACUCGGCCAUGGGCUACGCCGCCAUCGCCAACCAGAGCUACGACGAGAUCACAGGAGGGUUCGACCGGCUCUCCAACGCCUUCUACCAGCACCUCCAUGGGGAUGUUGAAUUUCUCUCCACCGUUGUGAAGAUACACACCCGGGGGGACCAAGUAACGGUGUUUUACCUGCGGGGAAAUGCAUCGGCCCCAUCCUCCGUGACGGCCGACUACGUCCUGGUGACGGUCACAGCGAAAGCCGCCCGGCUGAUUGAGUUUUCUCCGCCUCUUUCCGCUCCGAAGAGCCGAGCCCUGAGCGCAAUUCACUACGCGCAAGACGUGAAGAUCGCCUUGGCCUGCAAGGAGAAGUUUUGGGAGAAGGACGGGAUUCACGGAGGGAGAUCCAUCACCAACCGCCCUUCCAGAUUCAUCUACUACCCCAGCCAUGGUUUCCCCACCGGCCUGGGGGUGGUCCUGGCUUCCUACACGUGGGACAAUGAUGCCGAAUUUUUCCUUCCCCUGAGCGACGAGAAGUGCGUGGACGUUGUGAUGCGGGACCUGGCCGCCAUCCACCAGCUGCCCCAAGAUUACCUCCGCCACGUCUGCAGCAAGUUCGUGGUCAAGAAAUGGGGCCUGGACAGAUACUCCAUGGGCUCGUACGCCGCCCUCACCCCCUACCAAAACAUGGACUUCUCCGAGAUCCUGUUCCGGAGCGAGGGGAGGAUCCAUUUUUCCGGGGAUCUGAUGGCUCAGCCUCACAUCUGGAUCGACAGCGCCAUGAAAUCCGCCCUACGGGCUGCCCGCAACAUCCAUACCGCCAUAUAGGCCAUGCCCUGGCGCUCGGGGGAACGGAAGUGAACUUUAAUCAACUGCGGAUCUGGAGAAGGAAGGGUGUGUGGGGAAGGCUUGGCCAGUGAGCGCUGGAGGGUGGGAAUUCGAUACGGCAGAGCCAGGCGCGGCGUAGGGGUUCCUGGAGGUCCCAUCUGGAAGGGGGGAUGCACCAAUUGCCUAUGCCCAUCUGAGACGGGGAGGCACACGGCUGAGGUCGGGUUUGCUCCUAGUCCCUGCCCGGUCCCCUCAUACCCACACGUUCCAAGAAGACGAUGAUGUUCGUCUCUAAGGUUAUGUCUACGUGUUUUCCCGGCAAAAAAAUAUGCCAAUCAGGGACUCAUUUGCAUGAGUCACGGUCUCAUUUGCAUCUUUUCUGCCGAUCCCUUUCUCCACUGAGGGGGUUGUACAAAAACAAGCCGUGUGGACGUUUCCUUUUUGAGCAAAAAUCUCCCCCCUUUUUUCACAACAUCCUUAUGCCCCUAAAAAGGAGGUCUACUGAUCUUGUGAAAAAA